AUGCGCGCUUCAGGGGAGGACAGGAGAAUCUGGAUCUUUGACACGACUCUGAGAGAUGGAGGACAGACAAUGGGGAUCGACUUCUCGUGCUCUGACAAGCGAGAGCUUUCCCGGGCCCUCGACGAGUUUGGCGUCGACUACAUCGAAGCAGGCUGGCCAGGGGCAAACCCAACGGACGAUGCUUUCUUUGCGGACCCGCCAGAGCUGGGCUCAGCCAAGCUGGUGGCAUUUGGGAUGACGAGGAGGAAGGGGGUGUCUGCGAAGGAGGACGGGGUUCUGCAGUCGGUGAUCAAGGGGAAGUCGCACGCGGUCUGCUUGUUCGGGAAGACUUGGGACUUUCACGUUCAGGAAGCGCUCAAGGUGAGCUUGGAGGAGAACCUCAACAUGAUCAGAGAAUCGAUUGCGGCAGUGAGAGAGGAGGGGAAGGAAGCCAUGUUCGACUGCGAGCACUUCUUCGAUGGCUUCAAGGCCAACCCAACCUACGCGGUUGCGUGCGCGCGAGCUGCAUGGGAGGCAGGAGCGAGCUGGGUGGUCCUGUGCGACACCAAUGGGGGCAGCAUGCCAGAGGAAGUUUAUCAGAUCGUCCUGCAGGUCAAGGAGGAGGUAGAGGGGGUGCGGCUGGGGAUCCACUGCCAUAACGACUGCGGGCUGGCAGUCGCCAACUCGCUGGCGGCAGUCGCAGGAGGAGCGCGGCAGGUGCAGGGGACGAUCAACGGGAUCGGAGAGAGAUGCGGGAACGCGGACCUGGUGACAGUGAUGGCGAACCUGAUGCUCAAGUUCGACUUCGAGACCGGGGUGGAGAGGUCAAGGAUGAAGGAACUGCGGAAGAUCUCGAGGCUCCUUGACGAGAGGCUGAGCAGGGAGCCGAGCAGGCAGGCGCCCUACGUCGGAGUCGCGGCCUUCGCGCACAAGGGAGGGGUGCACGCGUCAGCAGCGGAGAAGGACCCGCGCACGUACGAGCAUGUGUCGCCGGAGCUGGUGGGGAACGAGAGGAUCUUCGUGGUGUCGAACCAGGCGGGUCGAGCCAGCAUGAUGGCGAGGCUGAGGGAGCUGGGGAUAGAGGUGGAGGCAGGGAGCAAGGUGGUGGACGUGCUGAUCAAGGAGGUGAAGGACAAGGAGUUCAGGGGAUGGACGUUCGACACGGCGGAAGCGAGCUUCGAGGUGCUUGCGAGGAAGAGGCUCGGCCUCCUCCCCGAGCUCUUCGACCUCCUCAGUUACCGUCUGCAUGAGAGCCGGGAGGAAGAGGGAGAAUCGCUCGUCUCAGUCUCCGUCGCGCUCCUGGUGGCGGGAGAGAGGAGGAGCGCGAGCGGCUGCGGACGAGACUCUCUCCUAGCCCUCGAGAAAGCGAUGCUGGAGGCUCUCAGACAAGACUUUGCCCUGCUCCUCGAGGGCUUGUGCGUGACCGACGUGCGUGUGCGGCUCAGGCAGCAGGGGGGCGGGAAGGAGGAGGAGGUUCGCGUGUCGCUGUGCUGCCAUGGCAGAAGGGGGCCGUCCAGGACCAUUGGGGUGUCGCACAACUCGAGCUCGGCCUUCCUGGCCGCGUUGGAGGACGCGAUCAAGUGGCAGCUGCUCUAA